CUAACCUUUAUUCUUAGAUAGGAAAUGUAAUUUUGUCUAACUCUCACUCGGGACGGAAGUGUUAUUACCAGAUAGUCUGGUAGCUUCACUAAUGGAAAUACGCUGAAAUGCAGGAAAUGAAGAUAGAGCGUGAUUCUCAAAAUAAGAUGGAAGCACCUGAAGCGAAGCUGUGUUCAUCAAGAGAAGAGACUGAAGACAAGCCAGACACUCUAUCUGGAGACGAGUCAAUCAGAAAACGGAAAUUAAGGCUAAUAGCAAUUCUCCCCGCAAUUAUAAUACUAAUAGGACUGAUAAUUCUAACUCGUUUCCGUAACAUCCUUCCGACAACCAUGAGACCUUUUGAUUUGGAAGAUAAGCGAAUAAAUCACGCGGAGAAACCCUACACAAUCAGCGGCGCUCUGAAUGUUACUAUCGGCUCUUUGUCUGUGCUUUUCUUCACAAUCAUGUGGUUUGUGUGUGAAGGCAGACUUCAGAAACCAGUGUAUAGAAAAAACACUAUAAAGGUCCUAGCGACGGUUUACUUUACCAUGCUGGGGGCGUGCUUUAUGAUAGUUUUAGUGAACUCGACGAAGAAUGUGGCUGGACAUUUGAGGCCUUAUUUCAUAGCUGCAUGUAAACCAAAUGAAACUUUGGUUGACGAGUUGAAGUCUCGUGGGACGACCUGGGUGGACGAAAACAUGUCCGAGGUAAUUUGUACAAGCAAAAGAAGUCAGAAGUACAGAUGGUCUUUCCCUUCGGGGCACAGUGCAGAGGCUUGGUACGCUAUGACGCUCUCGAUUCUUCUCGUCCAGUACACCCAAAACAUCGCCGACAAGUACGCUGAAUUUCGCUUACUCAUUUUGCCCGUUAAAGCGACACUACAAUUCCUCUCGUUUACGUUUGCCAGUGCGACUUGCAUUUCGAGGACUUAUGACUACCAUCACCACUGGUGGGACGUACUGGCGGGAAGCCUGUUCGGAGUACUGGUAGCUGUUGUGAUAUUUUACUGGUUUUUAAAACCAGUAAUGGAGAGCACAGACAAGCCGCCAGUCCCUCAAAAAACUCCACGGUGUGAGGAGAUAGCUUUAGUUCCCGUUUAGAUUUGGGCAAAGAAAGCAUGGUUAUAUUAGUUUGAGGUACUGACGACUGACGAGUUCCUUAACUAAUACGUUACUUCUAAAGUAACUAUUACUACUACUACGAGAACUAAUGUCCAGUGUGAGAAAGUGCGGGGCUGUUGUGGCGAUGAUAAAACCAAAAAGAAGCAAUACUGAAUGCGCAAAGUUCAACGUUGAAAUCAAUAAAAAAUCUACCAAAUAUCGAGGUAUUAAGACAACCACUUACACUCAGGCUUGGUACGCUAUGACGCUCUCAAUUCUUCUCGUCCAGUACACCCAAAACAUCGCCGACAAGUACGCUGAAUGUCGCUUACUCAUUUUGCCCGUUAAAGCGACACUACAAUUCCUAUUGUUUACGUUUGCCAGUGCAGUGCGACUUGCAUUUCGAGGAAUUAUGACUACCAUCACCACUGAGGAAAGCAUGGCUAUAUUAGUUUGAGGUACUGACGAUACCAAAUAUCGCAGUAAAAACAAAACACGGAACCCUUUUUGAGUUUUAACAGACGAUUCACCAAAAUGGGUCGAAUAUGAAGAGAUUCCCGCGAAACUCACACUGGUGAACAGCUUAGACCCUUUCUAAG